AUGUGGCUCCUAGCCGUCCUUCUUCUCGCCAUCGUUCCUUCAGUGACUUCCCAGUUCUUCAGCCCAACCCAGAGGAGGGAGGUUUGGAGGAUUGGGGAGACGAGGAAGAUUGGGUACAAUACCAAGUUCACAAACUACAGCAUUGCUCUCUGGCAGCAGGCACUGGCAGGGGGAUCAGCAAACAUAGGACCGGUUGUCGUUGAAGUUGUCAAUGGCCCGAAGAGAGAGUUCGACUGGGAGGUUCGAACCAACAAUCUAGAUCUGGGUGCCUCAAACGUCUUCUUUUUCUGGUUGUUCGAAGGCAUUACUACCAACCAAGGCGACACCAAGUUUCUGUCCAUGUCUUCAGCCUUCUUCAACAUCACCGACGAGCCUGCACCUAUCGAAACCACUACUUCAACAACAGCGGCAUCCACCACGACACAAGCGGCAAAGUCGAUCUUGUCCGAGACUUCGACGUCAACUCAGUCCUCCCAGACCACAACUGCGGCUGAGUCAGGCUCCAGCGAGACGGCAAGAGCAGGAGGUUCUACUAACAACGGUCCGGCAACGUCAGAAAGCAACGGUUCUGGGUCGUCAGGUGGGCUUCCAGUUGGAGCUCAGAUUGGAAUCGGUGUCGGUGUCGGCGUUGUUGCCACUACGUGCGUUGUCUGUGGUAUCUUAUGGUUCAGAUACUUGAAGCGGCAGCAGAAGGCACUUACCGAGCUGCAAGAAAGGGCUUUCACUCAACAGCCCCCAGCUUAUCCGUAUGAAAUGGGUGCUAUUCACAGGCCCGCGGCACCACCACCACAACAACAACAACAACAAGACGAUAACGGGUACUUUGUCAACAAGAGGCCCGUAGAGAUGUACUAG